GAAGCAGAAGCCGAAACAGCUGAUGUUGUAAUCAGCUAACGUCUCUCACCCACAUCAUAAACAUCCGAAUCCCAAUGUCUCGACCGUUUUGCCACUAUUUUACUCAUGUUCAAAUAUGAUGACCUUCAAAAUCCGAACUCCACUCCUACGCUAUUCCCUUAGCCGCUUUUUUGGAACCACCAAAUCACCUGACGAACUACUCAGUCCUGCUCUUUUAUCAGACCAAUCCAUCCAGCAAAAGGUCAUAGCAAAUUUCCAGGCCCUUCCCCGGAUCCGCCUGAACAGUAAACCGCCCACGAAACAUGCUGCCGUUUUGAUCGCACUCUGCCUAGCAGAUGACAAGGUCAGUUUCCUCUACACCCAGCGCUCGGUUAAGUUGACUCACUUCCGGGGACAGGUCUCGUUCCCAGGUGGCAUCCGGGACCUAACGGACGGAAGUUUCGAAGAGUGUGCCAUUCGUGAAACGGAGGAGGAAGUUGGCAUACCGCGGGACCUCAUACAGACAUGGGGCUGCGGCAACGAGCUGGUGCCCAACUUUGGACCCGCCAUUACCCCGGUCGUGGGUACGAUUCGGGACUACAGUCCGGCCCUACUGAAACCGAACCCGGACGAGGUGCAGAAAGUUUUUACGGUGCCGAUUGAGACGUUUCUGGCGGACGGGAAUCGGAGGCAUACGCAAUUCAGGGCGCAGUACACGGUGCCGGUGUUCUUGGGAGGGGAGGAAAUUGUUUGGGGCAUGACGGGGAUUAUUACGCACCUGUUCCUGUCGGCACUGCUGCCGAAAGAAGUCUAUGCGAGGCGACUGCCAUUUGUGAAGCAAUAUAAGGCGUGAUAUUACGUGGAAAGCGUGGGUUGUUGAUUACUAUCAGUCUUAGAUUUUUUGUUAGAAAAUAAAAUUGUUACAUGUUCUGAAAAAA